AUGGUAAGAACUAAAUAGUUUGGAAAGAAGGCUGAAGUCGCUUUAGAGCUUGACAACUUAGAAGGCCGCAAAACUGCUACCUUUAAAGACAGUUCAGGAAAAGAAGUAUCACUCCCUGUAUAUACAGUAUCAUCAAAUUAGGGCAAUGAAGAUAUUUCUGGUCGCCUUGUCGUCAAUAUGAAAAGAGGAAAGAAGAUUGAGCAUCAAGGCGUUAAAGUUGAGCUAAUUGGACGUAUAGGUAAAUUUUUAUUCAGAUAUCACAUAUGAACGUAACCAAACAAGUGAUUUUGUCUCCAUGUCAAGAGAACUGGAGCCACCAGGAACAAUCAACGAGUCAGCCACUAUUCCUUUCUCCUUCAACAAGGUGGACAAACAAUUCGAAACCUACCAAGGCCGCUUCUGUAAAGUCCGCUAUAUCAUCAAAACUACUAUUUUGCGUAAAAAUUUCUCAUCAAAUAUUGUGAAUGAACAAGAAGUUUCAGUGCUAAACACCACAAAUGAGACAGAAGAAAGCACUUCAAUCAAAAUGGAAGUGGGAAUUGAAGAAUGCUUGCACAUUGAAUUUGAAUAUAACAAGCACAAAUAUCACCUCAAAGACUGCAUUUUGGGAAAAGUCAACUUUUUGCUUGUCAGGAUAAGAAUUAAGUACAUGGAAAUUGCAAUCAUCAGAAGAGAAACAAUUGGCGCUGGAGCUCAAGCUACCAACGAGAAUGAGACAGUUGCAAAAUUCGAAGUUAUGGACGGCGCUCCAGUCCGAGGUGAGUUUAUUCCUAUCAGGGUAUUUUUAGGAGCUUUUGACCUGACUCCGACUUAUUAUAAUGUCAACAAUAAAUUCUCAGUCAGACAUUUCUUGAAUUUAGUCCUUGUUGAUGAAGAAGACCGCCGCUACUUUAAGCAACAAGAAAUUGUGCUUUGGAGAAAAGACCUUUAA